CUCCGAUCCAAUUGAGGACCGCGACAUUUCCUGUUCGACAUUCAAAUCACCAUGCGUUCUCUUGUACGAUCGGCCGCGCGGCCGUAUGUCUGCCCGUCGUGCCAAUUGAGUCGUCUCCCCGCUCGUCGGAGGUUCGCAUCCCACUCUACGCCGAGUAGCGCAUCGCCCGAGAUCUACGAUGUCGUCUGUGUCGGCGGUGGUCCUGCAGGCCUAGGCCUGCUCGCAGCUCUGCGAGCUUCUCCCGCUACCUCCAAGCUCAAGGUCGCCCUCGUGGAGACCCAAGACCUGCAGAAGGCCGGCUCAUGGUCCCUCGAUGCGCAGCACUACUCCAACCGCGUUAGCAGCUUGACACCCUCCUCCGUGUCCUUCCUCCAGAAAAUCGGUGUCUGGGAUCAUGUCGACACUGCGCGUGUUCAGCCCUAUCAAGAAAUGCAGGUCUGGGAUGGUGAAACCGGCUCUCGCAUAACAUUCGACUGGUCCAUGGAGACCUCGCCUUUCGAGGACCUGCGCACCGUCGCAACCAUGACUGAGAACUCCAACCUCGUGCGCGCCCUACUCUCGCGCAUCGCCGAGUCCGGAGACGAGAACCUCUCUAUAUUUUCCAAUACCACCGUCUCCUCCAUCGCCAACGGUUCCGAGAUCCCCGACGGACCCGAUCUCUCCGCCUGGCCCGUCCUCUCCCUCGCUCCCACGACCUCCUCUCCCGCACAACCGCCCAAGCAAAUCGCCGCUCGCCUCCUCGUCGGUGCCGACGGUAUCAACAGCCCCGUCCGGCGCUUCGCCGAUAUCUCGACCUCGGGCUGGGACUACGACCGCCAUGGCGUGGUCGCGACGCUCUCUCUAUCCGACCUGGACCCGGUGCACUUCCCUUUGAACAUGAAGACGGCGUACCAGCGGUUCCUCCCCGCGCUCGGCGGGCCCAUCGCGCUCCUCCCUCUCCCGAACAACAAUGCCAGUCUCGUCUGGUCGACGACCGUCGCCAACGCCGCAUACCUGAAAUCCCUGCCGCCGCGCGCCUUCAUCGCAAUGGUGAACGCCGCCUUCCGUCUCUCCAUGACCGACCUAUCCUACAUGCUCCGCAUGGAACGUCCUUCCACAACCUCCUCUCCCGCCUCCUCCACCUCCACCCCCACCCCCACCCUCGACCCCCACGAAGACGAACUCACCUGGCGCCUCCAACACACGCCGCAACCCCGCAAACCGAGCCAGCUGCCCCCGGUAGUCAACGGCGUGCAAGAAGGCACGGUAGCCUCGUUCCCGCUCCGCUUCCGCCACGCCUCCAGCUACAUCUCGCCGCGAGUCGCCCUGGUCGGCGACGCCGCCCACGUCAUCCACCCGCUCGCCGGGCAAGGCCUGAACCUGGGCCUCGGCGACGUGGCCGCCCUGGCCAGGACGGUCCAGUACGCCGCCACCCACGGCAUGGACGUCGGCGAUAUCCUGACCCUGGAGCGCUACGCCGGCGACCGCUUCGCGACCAACGCUAAGAUCGGCGCCGCCUGCGACGUCCUGCAUAAGCUGUAUAAUGUCCCCGGUAACGGGCCCGUGGCGUGGGCGCGGAGCUUCGGGCUGGAUGUUAUCGAUAAGGUGCCGUUUGUGAAGGGGUUGUUGAUGAAGGGGGUGGAGUGA